GAUUAAAGGAACUGCAAACAACUGGGUUGAAGCCUUCCUUUGUCCAAACCCAGCCUCUUCUUCCUGUGAUGUCAUAUUACAAAUCUGGGAAGGCUUUCUUGCUCACUUCAGAGACAGCCCAUCUCACAAUACAGCUGGCAACCUCCGAAAGGCCUCUCCAUUCAGCAAGCGCGAACAUGCUUAGGAAUUUAUCUGGGAUCCCUUAAACGACUGCCUAUCGCCGUCCGGAAUCAAUGUAGAAAUACAAAGUUUGAGAAUAAAAAGAAGGAAGAAGUACCCGAGGACGACGGGCGGACGGACGCACGGCGAGUGUUUGUGACUGAAGUAAAGCUGGUUUGGACCCUGGCGGCUGAAGCACAAGUUUCCACGCGGACUGGUCUGGUCCGACUUGGAACAGUUUUUCCUUACACUUUCAGCUUUAUGGGUUGGCUUCCUUGACUGCAUUUUCUGUCAGUUAACUAAACUCCAGACUCAUGGAUUUUCUCGACCAGAAAAUCAGACUAUUUUCCUGAAUAAUCUACUAGAAACUUUUACGGAACACAUUUCAUGUUUCCUUUGAAGAGUUAAGAGAAGAAAGUAUUUGUAAGAACAGGAAAAGAAACAAAUACUUUGCAAAUAAACUGGCUGCUGCUGUGACCACAUCUGAAUAGCAAAGGCGAUCGAUCAAGCGCUGCGGACAAAAGGCCUCCUGUAAGCUGCACUGCCUGACAAUGGUAAGCUCCAAUGGCUCCCAGUGCCCUUAUGACGACUCCUUUAAGUACACUCUGUACGGGUGCAUGUUCAGCAUGGUCUUCGUGCUUGGGCUGAUAUCCAACUGUGUUGCGAUAUACAUUUUCAUCUGUGCCCUCAAAGUGAGAAAUGAAACUACAACGUACAUGAUUAACCUGGCAAUGUCAGAUUUACUUUUCGUCUUUACUUUGCCAUUUCGGAUUUUUUACUUUGCAACACGGAAUUGGCCAUUUGGAGAUCUACUCUGUAAGAUUUCAGUAAUGCUGUUUUACACCAAUAUGUAUGGAAGCAUUCUGUUCUUAACCUGUAUCAGUGUAGAUCGAUUUCUGGCAAUUGUCUACCCAUUUAAGUCAAAGACUUUAAGAACGAAACGAAAUGCAAAGAUCGUUUGCAUUGCUGUGUGGUUCACAGUGAUGGGAGGAAGUGCGCCUGCAGUUUUCUUUCAGUCGACCCACUCUCAGGGGAACAAUACCUCAGAAGCCUGCUUUGAGAACUUUCCAGCGGCCACAUGGAAAACUUAUCUCUCCAGGAUUGUGAUUUUCAUUGAAAUAGUGGGCUUUUUUAUCCCUCUCAUUUUGAACGUAACUUGUUCUAGUAUGGUGCUAAGAACUUUAAAUAAACCUGUUACAUUAAGUAGAAGCAAAAUGAACAAAACUAAGGUUUUAAAAAUGAUUUUUGUCCACUUGGUCAUCUUCUGUUUCUGUUUUGUGCCCUACAACAUCAACCUCAUUUUGUACUCGCUCAUGAGGACACAGACCUUUGUUAACUGCUCUGUGGUGGCGGCAGUGAGGACCAUGUACCCGAUCACUCUCUGCAUCGCUGUUUCCAACUGCUGCUUUGACCCUAUUGUUUACUACUUCACCUCAGACACAAUUCAGAACUCAAUAAAAAUGAAAAACUGGUCGGUUAGAAGAAGUGACUCCAGGUUCUCUGAAGUUCAGGGCACUGAGAAUUUUAUCCAACACAACCUACAGACCUUAAAAAAUAAGAUAUUUGAUAAUGAAUCUGCAAUAUAAGCUGCCUGACUAAGCCACUGGGACUGCUCCGUGUUCAACUGUGAAAACUGUGUUCUUGGGAACUAUCUCUCCGGCUCCAACAGAAAAUAUUUUUAAAGGAAGUUUGUGUCUGAUGUGUUAAACAUUAAAAUAUAUUCUAUUCUUGUAUGCACGCCAUUUUACUUUCUUGAACCACUUUAACGUGUUUUUUCCUCAUUAAAAAAAAAAAACUCCAUAAAGUUAAGGUCUAAAAGCAAUUAUGAUUUAAAUAAUGUGAUAUAUCUGUACGUUUAAAAUUUUGUAUAUCAUGAAAUGAUUUAAUCAGAAAUCUGUUAAAUGGUUUUAUACUGAACCGAGAUGUUGUUUACGGAAUAGUUUACUAAGUAGAUUUCACUUAUAUUUUAUUUUAGAUUAAAAGUACUUAUCAUGCCUUAAACUGUAAACAGUGAAGAAAACCAGUUUGAACUAGUCACACAGUUUUAGAGCAUUUCCUCCAAGAGACUACUGCAGUUUUCUGCAUGACAUUUUAUCUUUUUAGGCAACUCAUAAAAAAGAAAAGGUAUCUAACUAUAUAGUAUAUUUUGAAAUUACUAUUUUGAUUUAUAUUCUGGCUGCAACACCCAAUUUCAAAAUGAUAUAUAGUAUAAAAACUUAGCAUAAAGAAACUAAUGAAAUGUUAUCUUGCUAGGUAAAUUAUUUUGAAAGUACAAUAAAAACCUUGUAUUUUCAAGAAUGUUGGUCUAG